GCAGCAGCGCGGACCGAGGAGGAGCUGGGCCGGAAAGCGCUGAUCGGGCCCGACGAUGUGCUGGGGCUGCAGCGGGUCACCAGCGAUUAUCUGUGCACUCCAGAGGAAAAUGUUUACAAGAUAGACUUCACCAGGUUCAAAAUCCGGGAUAUGGAAUCUGGCACAGUCUUGUUUGAAAUCACCAAACCAGCAGCUUCAGAGCGUGACCACAAUGACAAGAAGGACAUUGACCCCAACGCUGGGCGGUUCGUGCGCUAUCAGUUCACUCCAGCUUUCCUGAGACUCCGGCAAGUGGGAGCCACGGUGGAAUUCACAGUAGGGGACAAACCCAUCAAUAACUUCCGCAUGAUUGAGAGGCACUACUUCCGCGACCAGUUGCUGAAGAGUUUCGAUUUUGAGUUUGGGUUCUGCAUCCCCAGCAGUAAAAACACUUGUGAGCACAUCUAUGAAUUCCCACAGCUCUCUGAGGAUCUCAUUCGAGAGAUGAUCCUUCACCCCUACGAGACACAGUCGGACAGUUUCUACUUUGUAGACAACAAGCUCGUGAUGCACAACAAGGCAGAUUAUUCCUACAGUGGAGGACCUUGAGCAGCGGCUGGCCAGCCAGCCUGCGCUGGCCUUCCCGUUCCUAUCGACACCGUCAGGGAUUCCAACACCUUCCAUCCAGUUGCCUGCAAUGUCAGCUGGACAAGGAUCCACAAACCAAGGACACGUUGCCACAGUAGGAGUUUCAUGACCAAAUUGCCCAGUCUCGUCCUUUUUUGAGCUUGGAAGCAGAUCCUGUUCUUCAGAACUUUAAGCGGUUCCACAAUGUUAAAUGAUCUCUGGAUACCACUUCCCUAAGUUCUCUGAGUGUCUGCUUUGAAAAUGGCCUUGUGGGACCUGAGGGAUUUUGCCCUAAUUCUGCGGAUUCGUGUUCUUGCCCUCAGUUAUCUUCUGGGGUGUGACUGCUGUCUCAGAGGGUGUCAGCUGGGAAACCACGCCAGUGGACGGCUGCAAACGCAGACUUCUCCUGCUUUGUUUCCCUUGGCGAAUGCUGCAAGGGGCAAUUUCACUUGUGCACCCAGUUGACAAUGUUGGGCAUCACACCUUGCAAAAAAGCAAGUUGCAUCUUUAGAUUUGUUCUCUAAAUAAGUAUCUCAUCCUCGGGUUUAGUUCCUUCUAUGUAACAUUCUGUUUAAUCUUGGAAAAACUGAAGCUCCCCGUGAAGACCAGUAGUUCAGUGACAGGGCUGCUUUUCAUUGGGCACCAUCCUUUUACAUUUCAGAUGAAGGCAAAGUAGCAUUGAGGGUCUAUGAACCUCCAUAAUUUUCCAUUGAUUUCAGCUUUUUGUGAACUGAUUGUAGAAUAAUCAGGACAAUGUGAAGGAUUUUAGCUUUAUUUAACAUUUUUCUGUAGCUAAUGCUCAGCCUAUUCAUGCUGUAUGUUUUCUGUGUCUAUUUUCUUUUAUGUCUGCUCAGAACCAACAUAAGGGCUUCAGCACUGUUUGUUAGAGCAACGCUUGCAUUUGCCCAGGGCAGUUGGAGAGUGUGGAAUUCCCAGUUUUCCUUUUUUGUCUUAAUUUGAAGAAUGUUAGGAGAGUGUUUUCCUUUUAUUAAAAAUGUUUUGCCUCUGAUCUUACUACAAGAGAAACAGUGAGUCUACUAGUGUAGGACUAGAGGCACAGCAAAAGUUUAGCAAAAACUCUCCCUUUUGACUCUCUAAGACCAAUUUUGCCCAACUUUGUCAGCGUGGGCUUCUUAGAAAGGCAGAAGUGCAAAGAAGAAGCAACGUCAGAAGAGUAAAUUCAUGUAUGCAAAACAAAGCCUGAGGAGCCUGUUGUCAUGAAACCCUUACUCUGAAGGUCAGUUCACUGGUACUUAAAAAACAAAAGGCAGUUGCAGUUUGUAGAUAUCUCUAUAAAUACUUGAUGUCUCCAUGUCUAAUUCUGUGAGUUGAAGUGGAACAUUAUGUGUUAGCCUCAGAUAGGUGUGACUGUAAUAAUUUUUAUAAAAUCCCAUUUCUAGCCGUGAUUAGCAUCUCUCUAGUCACAGCCCAAGUUAAACAGAACUACAGAUGGUUCCAAAUGGAGCCACCUGCCUAAGGGCAGGGAGGUGUUUCUGCUCUUGUUGGGGUCGUGGUCACUCUUUAAUGUGUUACCAUUUGUGUUGGGCUUGGCUCUCUUUGCUUCUGAAAGAGGAUUUGGUUUUUCUGAAGGCAAUGCGGUGAGUUUAGGUUAGAGCACAGAAUUUGUAGUGAAGCUUGAUAGCUAAGAAGGCACGUAAACUUCACUGAUUUUACACAACUAGUAUCUUGUAGGAAUUGUUAUCACAACGAGACUUGUAUUUAUCACUGUUUUUGUCUCUAGUGUGUUAAAUCAUAACAUUAGCAAACAGCUGACUUACCUGUUUGGGAGUUGCAAAGAAUUUCCUCAUUGUUCAAUACUUGGAGCUAUUGAACUUUACAGCACAAUAAUUACUAAAGGUGAAAAUAGUUUCAAAAAGCCUGUCUCUCUACCCCCCUUUACUUUUUUGCAUCAGGGCUGUUAAACUAUCUGUAUAUUAAAUGGCAUUUUGAACAUUUAAAGUAUUUGUUCCGGCUGUAGAAGGAAGGAAAUAUAUUGAUUUGAAGGCAGAGUGUGUGCAUCCUGGGUAGGUUUUUUGGGGUGUCUUUCAGCUCUCACCUGCUGUUCAUAAUAAUAACAACAACUUUUGUGCAUAAGAUUUUUAAAAGACUUCUAGCAAAGGUGCUUGGCCAGAACUGCCAGUCAUAGGUUUCACAGAGAUGUAUGUUUCAAACAGAAGUAGACACCUUGAUAUGUUUUGGUCAGAGCUGUUGUACUUUGGUGCAGACUCUUGUCAGUCCUUAACCCAGGAACAAAUAUUGGGCAUUUUCUGUACAAUAAAUGUCAACCUCAUUUAGCUUCAGCUUUUCAGUUUCCUGAAUUUUACUUAUAAGUCCCAACAAUUUGCUACAAGGAACAAGUUCUGAGUCUUAAACUAAGGCAAAUAACAAAACUUUAUGUGGGAAGUGUAAUUAUAAGGUGCUUUUUCCUGUAUCCCAGGGCAACAAUUGUCACUGUUAUCUCUCAGUUUCACUUGGAAACAGGUUGUUUGCAUUUUUUUAAGGUCGCCUGCAUUCCCACUGUUUACAAACAUGUGGGAAUCACACUGUCCAAGGGCAAGGUGCCAUUCCUUUGCUGUCUGUUUAUGCAGCAGUAUGUGUAGUGCUGACACCAGACUUUGUAUUGUUGCACACAACCAGCACUGGAAGAGUGUUUCUUCCAAACCUUUUGCAGUGCAGUUGCUGUUGUACUGCCACUUCUGUCCCUGCUUUGCAUUAAAACUAAAAUUUAGUGUUAAAGACCACGUGUGUGAUGGCACUGAACAACUUAGCUUUCAUCUGAAAGGGAGCUGAGAACUCUCAGGUCAGUUGUCAAAGGAAACACACAUUUCCCCCCCCCCCCCCUUAAAUCCAGCUGAUUCUUAUAAAACAGCUGAAAAAUCAAACCUUAAGAGCAGUGUUCACAGUCUGCCUGACUAGUUGUUAUUUUGCAUUUUAAUAAUAAAUCAUCACUAGGUUUACUGCUACAAGAGUUAAUCUACAAAAUCACAAAAUACUGGCUCUGGAAAAAUAAUUCUUGUCUUUUUUUCUUUGGUGUCAUUUAAAAAAUUACUUUGAUUAGCACCACAGCUCUAUUUUAACAAGCCAGUCUGGGAGGUAGGGGUCUGACUUCUGAGUGAAAGAAAACAUCCAACAGCUAACCCAGAUUAUCUACUAAUACUGACUAGCUGUAAUAAAAUGUGAUUAUAUGUGUACUUUACAGAAUGAAUUAAUCUUGAAAGAAGAAGCUAAGUCUCUGUGAGUGCUAAUAGUGGCAUCAUUUUCCUGAGAGACAAGGAAAUGAUAACACAUUCUUUCACUUUCUCAGUCUUGGAUUCCUCUGAAGGUCACCUUCUUAAAGAAAAGCAACAGUAACACAUUUGUGGUUGCCUGCCAGGCUGCACAGUCCAAUAGUUCACAGACUUAGUGGCAGAAAGAGAACACUUUUAUUUUAUUUUAUUUUAUUUUAUUUUAUUUUAUUUUUUAAAUUUUUUUAAGAUUAACACAUCAAGUGUAAGCAUGGUUUAAAUUUGAGAGAUUUCAUUCUCAGGUGAGAUCUCAGAGGCCAAAAUUCUUUCUGUGAAUGUGUCCUCGAGCUGGUGACAUUUAAGGAAUAACAGAAUAAUCCGCUCUCACUGACUUAGAGGAAAUUUUUUGCUUUGUUUAAAGUAGAAAGUCUCUGCAGGUUUGAAAACGAUGUGUUGGGGUUUGGCUCUUGCUCAUAAUCUCUCUCUCCAUCUUGUUUUGGAGCUGGUCAGUAAGGCAGGGCUUUGCCCCCUCUGUCCUCCAUUUCAGUUUCAUUUCAAGAUCUUGUACUGUGUCAAAGUGAAACACUGCCAGCUACCAAGUUCCUAAUUUUCUCAUUUUGAGCAAACAGGCUGUUACAGUAUAUUGAGAAACAGUGCUACAUGGUGGCCCAUAAAAGUGAAUUUCUCAUCUUUGUGACAAAAAUUAAAGGGAACUCUUACUCGUGCAGAGAUUAUCUUGGGGCUAUUUAAGGUAAGAACAUGCUAAUAACCAACUCUUGUACUUAAUACGUGUUAUAAAAUUGCUCCUUUAGUUAUUCAUAACCUGAAAAAAUAUGGUUGGCAGCUCAAUUUUAAUUAGAUCUGAUUGGGAAUGAAACUGCAGAGGUUAUUGCUAUCCCUUACUGGGGGGAAGUGGCAGGAAGAGCGACUUGAGCUGUGUGUGAUGCAGAAAAACUGGGCAGGUUUGUAGCAUGGACUGGAGCGGGAAAUGUUCUCCUUGGGAAAAAAUGAGGGAGGGGGACAGGGAAAGGGAAAGCAUUAAUUUUAGCUAAUUGGAACUAAGAGCUGUAAGGCCAUGGUAAGUGUAAAUGCUUUUCCUCUUGGAUUGGAGAUAGCUGGUGCUUUCUGUUAGCAGUUCUUUUCUGUACCCCCAGCACAAGCGCUACCUACGUUUGUACCAACAUCUCGAUAUUAAUCAGAUGUUCAGUCUCACUGACAGUUCAUCUUUUCUAAACGUGGGAAUGUUUCUGACCAGCCUGAUACUCUAGGCCUCAACUUGCAGCUCAGCUGUUUUCUAAGUCACAGGGCAGUCUGACUAAGCAGGUGGGAUUGUGUUUGUGUAUCUGUUCACAAGCUGUAGUUACCUGCCUCCCUAGGAUCACUGUGUUCAUGCCUACUGUGAUGUCUGCUUGUUGCUUAUUGCUACACUGAGAAAACCUGUUUGAAUGUGACAUUGACCUUUUUUGCAUAGAAUCAGGAUUGUCUGUAUUUAAAAAGUAUUUAUAAAAAAAUAAAUAUAUUUUUUGUGGAAGGAAAGUAGGAUUCUAGUUAAUAUACCAUUGGGAAAAAAGUGUUAGAAACAUUUUUACCAAGUUCAUUUAUAAUUAUUUGUAUCCUUUUAGUUACCUGAUUUGUUUCCUAGAAGAGCAUCCACUGUGGCCCAUUCAGGGGCAACUCAAUGCACUGUCAUGCAGCAAAUCUGGUUUUCAGAAAACUGGGAGUCUUUUGUUUCCUUUUGGGACAGUAGAAAACUGAGUAGAUUGCCAGGAGAAAAAGGAACCUUGGCACCGAAUCCACUUCUGGGGCUCUGGCUUCAGUGUCUAGUCUGUUUGACUUGUUUGCAGAUCGAUAAGUAGCAGGAGUAAAGAUUGAGACUUCAGGAUAAAGAAAAUUAGAUGCUACAAUUCUAGUCUUCCUGUAGGAGAAGGAGAGUACACAAAUUAAUUUAUACAAGGAUUAAAUAGGCAGUACACUUGCUUAAACUGAUUUCAUAUCGGCAGCUUAGUCAUAAGUGUGCAUACUAGGGAAUAUGCUUAAGUUUUUCCAUUACCUUGGAAAAUUGGUUAAAAUAUGUCACUUCCAUUAGCAAGUGUUUCUUCUCCUGUAACAAACUGCAAAAUGUGAAAAAUAAAACUUAAUAAAUUAUUGAUCAUAGAAA